CUACGCUUUGAAAAACUCGUUCCUAUCGAUCUUAGCGAUAUAGAUCUUGACUUUAUUUGUAAAUUUUACAUGUAGUGAACUGUUUAUUUAUAGUGUCUUCUUCCUGAGUUUGGAAUGGAACUAAAGUGCUUUAAAAUCAAUGUGUCGAUUCGCUAUGUCCGAAAAAUGUAACGGAUAGGAGUAUGUUGGAGUUGCUAGAUAUACAUCAAUUUUACCCGGUUUUAAAAUUAGUUUUUUUUUCGUAAAGCAACUCAUGUUUGUUGACGUCGUCUAUGCCGAUGGGACACAUGCGCAGAAACAUCUUUCUGCCUGUUGUAUCGACAUUGACGAUGUGGUGUAUUUGUAAUCGUUUCAUUUGACAAUAAAGACGUUUUAUCUUCAGAACUUUACACCUUUCGAAUUUAUUUUCUGUGGAAAAAGUACGAGCGGAAAAUCUGCAGUAUUUAGUUUUUCGAAGGUGUAAAUUCUGCAUAGAUCGAAUGGACAAGGCUGCAAAAAUAGUGGUCGGCGAUGGUUUUAGGAUUAUUAUUAAACUCAAAUGAACUUAUUUGAAAAAAACCGUUUUUUUUUUUUUAAUAAAGAUAGACUUGUAAAUAAAUAUAGGUCAAAUUAUUUAUUUUUCAAGCAAUGUAGUUCUUUAAAUUUUUUAUAAACGAAAGCACAUCUGCUAAUUUAAGCAAUAGGAAAUACAUUUUUUUAUGUUUAACUUUAUUCGUGUAACAUAAAAAUUCACUGUCUUAGGACAUUUUUUAAGCAAACCAUUUACAGUUUUAGAGUUAUAUCUAUUUUUGCUUUAACACUUUGUAUAUAUCAUAUUUUUACCAAGUAAAAAAAUUUGAGUUUAAUAACAACCUGGAGGCAUUGAAGGCUUGCUAUUGAAACGGAAUGAGACGUUGAGUAUUGAGGUCAGAAUGAAAGCUCGUCGCCGGGAACAUAAGAUUUCCCGAAUUAAAUAUACCGGGUGUCGCGAAAAAAAUGGGUUUUGGACCUUGGAUGGGAAAGACGAGACAACGAAUGGAACAUGGGGCUUCUGUGACUUCAAUUAGAGAUUCAUCAUCGAAAUAUGGUUCGCUUGCAGCAGAUGUGGAUUUAAUUACGACUAACGUUUUGGAAGACAGCGGCCAACAGAAUGUGACCGUUCAGUUUGUUGCUAAAACUGAUCUUCCAAACAGUAAUAACUCCGAAUUUGGAUUGACUACAAACUCUAACAAAACCAAAAGUCACCUUCAACAUAAAAGAAAAUUGAGAAGAUUCAGAGGAAAAAGACCGAGAAGAAGAAGAAUAGGCUCAAAUUCAACAACGCCAUCUCUGGGACCCACAAUGAAACAAAAACCGUUGAAAUAUACCACUAUGGCAAAAAAACGAAAUUUAAGAAGAAGAAAAUUUAGAAAAAACGGAAAAAAACAAAAAAGUGACAGCAGUAUACUAGAAAUCACUACCGCCAAAGGGAUUAUUAUUUCCAGAAUAACCCAGUCCAAUGAUACAAUAAAUAAAUUAAUCGAAAAGCUGAACAAAAACCCUGAAGAUAAUUUUGACGAGUUUAAAAGCAAGAAACGUACUGGCGAUAAGGAAAUUCUGAUGCCAGAUGGUAUUGUCGAUCCUUUAAAAAAUAUUACAGAAAAGGGUAAUGCUUUAUCACAUCGCAAUUUGGUCUAUAGCCGUUGUAAAAGAAACAGGGGUGGAUGUGCCCAUUUCUGUCACCCUAAAGGCAAAAUAAAAUGUUCUUGCAUCAAAGGAUUCUAUCUAGGAGAAGACCGAAGAUCCUGUCUGGAUAUAGACGAAUGCAAAUCCAACAAUGGGCAAUGUGAAACAGAAUGCAUCAACCUAAUUGGUUCGUAUGUAUGCAAAUGUCCGGAAGGACUCGCUCUGACGGACGACAAAUUAUCCUGUCAAGACGUCAACGAAUGUUUGUUGAGAAACGGACAUGGUCCUUGCCAGGACACUUGCAUCAAUACUUUUGGUUCUUAUGAAUGUUCUUGUGAUGCUCUGAACGGCACCAAACUGGGUUUUGAUGGACAUACGUGUGAAGAUAUCGAUGAGUGUCUUCAAAGCAAUGGAGGCUGUUCGCAUAUUUGUAUCAAUACCUUAGGGAGGUCUUUUUGCAGCUGUCCAUCUGGUUUGGAAUUGUCUUCAGAUUGGAAAACAUGUCAAGACAUAAAUGAGUGCCAAAACGACCACGUAUCAAAAACCUGCAAAAACUGUCUAAACACUCAAGGUUCAUAUAUAUGCCUAGAUGUUUCUGACAUGCAAAGCGAUCAAUCAUCAUCGGCCAGCACAGUCUGCAAACCUUUAUUCCCUCCUUCGUACGGGUUCAUUAGUUGUUCUAGAAAAGGAGCUUUUCAGUCCAUUACCAGAAAAGGAAGAAAAAGGACGAUAAAUAGUCCUGGAACUACUUGUAAAUUAAUUUGUCCUGCAGGUUAUAGGAUUGUGGGUGAAUAUUAUGCCUUUUGUGAAACUAGUGGUGAAUGGCAUGGUAAAAGAAUAGGAAAAUGUGUUGGUGCCUCUCCUCCAAAGCUCCAAUGUCCAAAAACCCAACAUGUUACAAUAGCGAAUGGUGAAAAAAGAGUAUUGGUAAAAUUUUCUUCGCCCACUACGGACGUGCAUUGGAAUUAUGUCAAAUCUAAACCUAGAUGGGCGAAGGAUUUGGAAGGAUAUUUUAGGGAAGGACGACACGAUAUAACUUUUACUGUCAAAGAUCCUGAUUCAAGACUGUUUUCGACUUGUUCCUUUAAAAUAGUUGUAGAAUCGAAUUCGGUAUGAAAUAAAAUGUG